AUGGGAUAUCUCGGCAAUCAAACAGACAAACAAAAGGUUGAGGGCUGUGGUCGCCAAGCUUCCAAAGGUUGUGCCACGAGCCCUGGGCUUGGACAAACUCCAAGACAUCACUUUGUGGGAGAUCAUCAGCUCGUUGGACGACUUGGAUGUGCUCUCGCUGGGAAUGGUCAGCAGGAAUCUAUACACUCAAAUUGGAAGGUCGCCCUUUGUUGUGCUCCCAACCAUGAUCAGACAUUGUGGAACCUCGACGAGUUCAACGUCUCCAAUACCGACACAUUGGGUGUCAACCUGACCACACUGUCAUUUGGAAAGACCUACAGACACUUCACCAUGCCCGGCUCCAUUUCACCAUCAGUCCGAUCUCUCACCUAUGAUAUUGGAUACGACAUGCCAAUCACCGUCGGGUCACUCCCUCCAUCGCUCACUUCGCUCACAUUGCCUCGAAUGCUCAAUAACUUCAUCGAGGAUGGCGCCCUUCCUGACUCGCUCACAGAGCUGACCUUUGGAAGACCAAGUCAUUUAUUCGAUGACUAUAAAUAUUACGACCCUACAGACCCGAUCGUCAAUCUUCUGGGCAGCAACUUAAAGUCAAUCACAGACCAAAUGAACACCUUGCUCAACCAAGGUACAGCACCAGUUACCAAUUCAGACCAACCUCCACCAUCUGCCACACAACCUGAACCUGUCAAGGAGGUUGUAGACCCAACACCUGAGCCACACGGUGACGAUGCCCCUGACUUUAUCGACCCAAGCAUGAUCUCUGAUAUUGACCAAGAUGAUCAUGCCCCCGGCUUUAUGGAUCCAAGCAUGAUCUCUGACAUUGACCAAGAUGAUGAUGAAACACAAUCUCCACCUCAACCAGCUCCAGACAUUGGCUUCACAAUCCCAACACCAUUGGUCCAAGACAACACAUUACUGCUCCAUGAAAAGCUUAACAUUACCUUGCCUCUGCUUCUUCCUCAUGCUUUUGAAGCAACUGCGAACAGCAUCCCACCCAACACCAACCCUUCAUAUUUCUCCAAGCUUGCCGAGUCCUUCAGCCUCCCCUCGCUCCCGAAAUCACUAACCUCACUUCGGUUGGGACAUGGAUUAUCCAAACCACUCAUGCCCCGGAUUCCUUCCCGAGUCCUUGACCGAACUGAGACUUGA